GUACUUCACCAGGCAGUACUAGGCCAUAGAUCCCGUGUUCCGGGCUCGGCGCUCCGGGCUUCCCAGGGCUGGGCCCGGGACGCGGCCUCCCGCCAUGGCGCAGCUGGAGGGUUAUUACUUCUCGGCCGCCUUGAGCUGCACCUUCCUGGUGUCCUGCCUGCUCUUCUCCGCCUUCAGCCGCGCUCUGCGUGAGCCUUACAUGGACGAGAUCUUCCACCUGCCGCAGGCGCAGCGCUACUGCGAGGGCCGCUUCUCACUGUCACAGUGGGAUCCUAUGAUUACUACAUUACCUGGCCUGUACCUGGUGUCGGUCGGAGUGGUCAAACCUGCCAGCUGGAUCCUUGGCUGGUCUGAGCAUGUCGUCUGCUCCAUCGGAAUGCUCAGAUUUGUCAAUCUUCUCUUCAGUGUUGGCAACUUCUAUUUGCUGUAUUUGCUCUUCAGGAAGAUACAGCCCAGAAACAAGGCUUCUUCAAGUAUCCAGAGAAUCUUGUCAACAUUAACCCUAGCAGUAUUUCCAACCCUCUAUUUUUUUAACUUUCUUUACUAUACAGAAGCCGGCUCUGUAUUCUUUACUCUUUUUGCUUAUUUGAUGUGUCUUUACGGCAACCAUAGGACUUCGGCCUUGCUUGGGUUUUGUGGCUUCAUGUUUCGUCAGACCAAUAUCAUCUGGGCUGCCUUCUGUGCAGGACACAUCAUUGCACAGAAGUGCAGUGAAGCCUGGAAGACUGAACUACAGAAGAAGAAGGAAGAGAGGCUUCCCCCGGCUAAAGGACCGCUCUCGGAACUCAGAAGAGUUCUUCAGUUUCUGCUGAUGUACUCCAUGUCCCUUAAGAACCUGAGUAUGCUUUUCCUUUUGACCUGGCCCUACAUGCUUCUGCUGUUGGCAUUUUUCGUUUUUGUGGUGGUUAAUGGUGGGAUUGUCGUGGGUGAUCGGAGUAGUCAUGAGGCCUGCCUCCAUUUUCCUCAGUUGUUCUACUUCUUCUCCUUUACUGCCUUUUUUUCCUUUCCUCACCUACUUUCUCCGACCAAAGUCAAGACUUUUCUUAGCUUAGUUUGGAAACGUAGAGUUCAGUUCUCUGUGAUUACUUUAGUCUCGGUAUUUUUGGUUUGGAAAUUCACUUACGUCCAUAAGUAUUUACUGGCAGACAAUAGGCAUUACACGUUUUAUGUGUGGAAAAGAGUAUUUCAGAGACAUGAAAUUGUCAAGUAUUUAUUAGUUCCAGCCUACAUGUUUGCUGGUUGGGCUGUAGCUGACUCUUUAAAAUCAAAGUCAAUUUUCUGGAAUUUAAUGUUUUUUGUAUGCUUGGUUGCUUCUACGGUUCCUCAGAAACUACUAGAAUUCCGUUACUUCAUUUUACCAUACAUUAUUUAUAGGCUCAACAUGCCUCUGCCACCCAUAUCUAGACUUGUUUGUGAACUGGGUUGCUAUGCAGUUGUCAAUUUUCUAACUUUUUACAUCUUUCUGAACAAGACUUUUCAGUGGUCGGAUAGUCAUGACAUCCAAAGGUUUAUGUGGUAGUGGCAGGGCUAUUUUGAACUCUAAGAGCCUAUUUCUACAACAGAUGACUGGGUAAAGGAGUGUGGAUUUCUUUUAAGUAAAUUCAGGGAGACGAAAAGAAUUACAUUUGAGGCUAGCCUAAAAGCUUAGAUAAUGCUAAUAAAUUUGCUUGCAGUUGUCUUGAGAAUCUUUUCAGAAGUUUGGGGAUUUUCCGUGUAUGUAGGGGACUGGGUGAGCUCCGUAGCACCAGAACCUGUCAACCAACUUCCUUUGUAAAGAACAGUGAAGAAUGUGAAAACUGUUUACAAAUAAAUGACCUAGUGGUAUUUCUGAGCAAAAUUGCCAGAUAUUGCAGUAAAUAUAGCUCUGGUCUUAGUAACUUAUGAACGAGAUUCUGGGAUGUCUAUCUAGGAAUUGGGUAUUUUAACUAAGAAUAUAGAAGUGAUGAAGCCAUUUGAACUAACUCCUUAUUUGAAGGUUUUGCAGGCCGAAGGUAAGCUGUGCUGAUUAUGACACCUUUUAUAGAUAAUCUUUCUGAAAUACUGCUCUGUUAGUUGUCCAGGGCUCCUGCACAAAACUGACCAUAAACCUUGUGGCUUCAGAGUUUUUUCUCACAUACGAAUAAGCAGCACCUAAACUCGAGUGCUGGCAGAGCUCCUAAACUCGAGUGCUGGCAGAGCUCGCUCCUUCAGGAGACAAGAGUUCAUUGUUCCUGUUCAGCUCACUCCUUAGAGGGGCCUUACUUUUAGACAGGUCCCUCCAGUCUGUCUGUGUCUGCACAGGACUGUCUCCACCGGCUUCUUGUGCAGUUAAUGCCAUUGGCUUUAGGGAUCCUCUGAUUCAGGGUAACGGUACCUGGAGACCCUGGAUUAUAUCUAUCACAUUUUUAAAGUAAGUUCCCUUUCAGAGGUCCCACAUCAUUUUGGGGUGUGUGUGUGUGUGUGUGUGUGUGUGUGUGUGUGUGUGUGUGUAAGUAAGAUGACCUUGAUGAGAGCUUUUAAGUAAAAGUUAGUUUUUAAAAGAGAGGCCAAAAAACAACAACAACAAACCCCAGAUGGCCAAGGUCAUGUAAUUUACAUUUGUCCCUAUUAUCCAAACAAACCAGAACUCAGAAGGUGAGAGGUCAUUGGUUUAGUUUCAUUUUAUAAUUUAGGAAGCACUACUAGGCUCUGGGGUUUGCUUUGUCUGGGUUCCGGUUCUGUGCUGCUGUUUAAAGUUUGUUUAUUGAUUGUCACCAUUGUUACAGACACUGUUGCUUAGUCCUGUGCUGAGAGUGUAAACACGGAAGUGUGACUUGAGCUUACUUAGCCCACUUCCUGAGCUUUACACACGCACACACACACACACACACACACUCCCCAAAGGAACAGAACCUUUUAUUUUAUUGGAUAAUGUUUUCUUUGAGUUUUAAAUAUGUAGUAAACUUUAUACAACUUUAAAAACUACUUGGAUAAAAGUUACAAGCAUAGCCCUGGGUGGUCAGCCCACACGGACCACUCUGAUGCUUCGGAGGUUUGCUCAAGUGUAACAGUGACUGGUGUGUUAGCACAUCAGAAAGCUUCAUGACACUUUAUUAUGAUAGAAGCUAAGUCCAGGAAGCAAACACUUGCAAUUGAAUAAAGCAAGUGCUGUCUGAUGCUUAGUCCCUGGCUUUUGUGUCUGGGGACACAGAGGGAUGGAGUGCUUCAUCCCAGUAGUCUGCUGUAAGGAGGGAAGCACUUUGUCCCAUGUAAUGGAAGGAGGCUGCUUUCAGAUAUGUUGAGUCCCUUCAGAAUUAGGAGACAUCGUAGGGGUCUACAGAGAGAGAGAGAGAGAGAGAGAGAGAGAGAGAGAGAGAAAGUACUGGUAUUCUACACCACUUCCCAUUAUGUAUUGGAAGUAGGACUUGGCAUUUCAGACUGCAGCGCCAUGGACUAAAAGGUGCUAUUUAGUUGUUACUGUGAUCUUAAAAAUGGAUGCAUGUUGAUACAUUUGAGGUAGGGGUUUGGUUAAUGUUGCUUGGGCAGUUGACAAGUUAAUGGUCAUUUGCUGAUAAAUUUCUCAGUCUUUUAACUCAGUAUGUGAGAGAAAAAGGCUUCACCCGGCGGUUCACUUUUGGUUGUUCAAAUUAACAGCCCCAUCUCUGAAGUCAUUUCACUUGGGAAAAAAAUCCUUGCUUUUGCAAAUGUAGAUUGUAUUUCUACUUUAAUUUUUAAAAAGAAUUAUCAAGUAGUUUUCAUUAGACUUAAUUGAUUUAUUGAUCAUAAGAGGCUCAGUGGUUAAAAGCUUGAGCCCCCAUUGCAGGGACCCCGUGUGGUUCCUCGCCCCUAGGGCAGCCUCUAGGGCACUGACUGCAGGCGUCCAGCUCUGCAGCCUCCUGAACUCAUCUGCUGUAAACACACUGCCCACCGCCUACUUCAGUUAAAAACUCUAAAUGGUCAGUGUAGAAAAUGUCAGCUGCUGAAGGGGUGUGGAGUGCGAGUUCUCCAUCACUCUUCCAGUGGACAUUUUAGAGCCUUUAUGAAGAGGCCCAGGCUUGCCUGAGCUGCUCUAGGCUCAGUGGUCAGUUUUAGCAGCUCUGCUUUCUGUGACAAUCCACAGGCAUAGACUCACUUCCCAGACACAUUAGAACGAGUGUGUGCACUGUACCUGCUUAUAUUUACGCUUCCUUGGACAGCCUUCCCACGGCUGCGUCUCACCAAACGUUGUGGACAUAGUGUGUUGUACUUUACACAUAGUACAUAAUCUUGUACGAGGAAUUUCUGUGCUCAUGGACCAUCUGUGUUUGUCGCUGUAAAACACCCACUGUAAACAGUGUGAUUUACUUACAGGGAAUAGCUUAGGAUAUCCGUGAUGUAUUUCUGGUGUGAACUUACCUGACUUGACAUUGUGCUCAUCUCCUUUGUCUGGAGAGGAGAGAAGGGAGUCCCAGCUUUCAUUUAUAACUCCUAGAGAGUGGACAUAUAUUUUAGGUCAAGUUCAAACUGUAUUCAGGUAAAAUCAUAUCUUAGAGCAGUUAGAAAGCCUUUAAAUGUUAAGACAAGUGUAAUUUUAAUGUAUACAAUAUUUUGCAUAGAUGAACUUAAGAUGUAGAAAAGAAUGCCCUUGAUUUUGGUUCCACAUAAAAAAGACAGAUUGUUGAAAGACCAGGUGCUUGUUCCUGAUCUCAGAUGAGAAUGUUAUGUCUGAACUCUUGUUAGUACCUGGGGUGAGUCCUACCGCAUUUCAACAGGAUUCAUGCUGUAGUACAUAUCUGUAUGCUCAUAAACAUGCUGUUUGAUGUAUAUCGAGUAAAUUUGUAUUGAAUGGAGUUUUCAAUAUAGAAGGAAGCAGAUAUUCUAGAAAAGUAUCAUAUAACCAACUUAAUCUUAGGAAGCAAAUGUGUUUUAUACUAAGCCAUCCUGACCCAUCCUCUGCCUGUUUUCUAAAUGUUAUUUUCUAUAGUAAUGAAUUCAGUCAUGCCCGUUUAGUAUGCGCCGUGUGCAAUAGGCUUGAUUCUAACAAUGCCAUUUAAAUAUGAAGUCAUUCAGUAAUUACAGUAAGUUUGAUGACUUGUCUUUUACAUUUCAAUCAGUUAGAAACAUCUUCUGUUUGGUUUUAGCUCUCUGAUUUACUUUUCUUUGGGUGCAUUUUAGGUAUUUGAAGUCAAUGGCAAAAUGUUGCUGAGAAAUAUAAACAACUUAAGUUAAUGAUGACAUAAUUUUAAUAUAUCGAAAUGAUUCCAGCACUAAAUUCCAUAAUGUUUGGAAGUUAUUUCUAAAGUAAAUUUGGUGAUAAUAGGUAUCUAAUAAUCUCUUUUUAUUAUUUAAAAUGAGAUAUUGAUUAGUGGCAUUCUCCAUACCUUAGACACUGUUAAAGCAAAAGUAGGUAGGGUAUAUUUUUCUUUCAAAAAAGUAAAUAUAUGGAAUUUGCAUUCAGAAAUUUGAUCAGUUCAAUUUAUUUGAGCCCUGUACUUAUCACUGUCUUGCUCAAGAUGAAUAAGAAUGAAAAGAAUUACAGUAGUUGUCUUUCUCAAUAGUGUUUUGCUGGUUCACACACACACACGCACUCACACUCACACUCACACUCAGACACAUCAUAAAGCUGACCUUUUGCUAUUUUGUUUCGCUAUCAAAGCUGUACUGGUCUGACCUCUCAUGUUAUUGUGUGAGUUACAGGUUUUUAAAAUCCUUAGGAGCCUUUUAGAGGAACAUGUAUAAAAUGAUAAACGCUUAGGUUUUAUUACAAGAUGAAUUGUUGAACAAAUUGUUGAUGUUUAAUUGGAAAAACAUAGCUCCCAUAACAACAAGUUCUUACGGUUAUUUGAAAGCAUAAUACAUUGCUUUAAAUGUAGAUCAGUGGUCAACAAAUAGGUUUUAACUCACAAAAACACCCUUUCUUAAUUAUGUUGUCUCUUUAGGGGCAUAGAGCUCCCCUAAAUAAGUUUUGUAUUUACUGAAAACAUUUCACUGGGAAAGCGUCAGUGGCUUGAGAGAGUAGAUAUGGGAUAGUGUCUUUUCAAGGGUCUCAAAACCUGCCAUUUUAAACGUGAGUUUAUUGUAGUUCAUGUUCUUUAUAUUCUUCGGUAAGUCAGGUUCAAGAAUCUCUUGAAGUAUUCUGCCUUUCAUAUAUUUUGUUUCUGAAAUAAAGUGGAUGUUUAGCUUUCGUUAAGCUGGUUUUUAAAUUGUGUCCUACACCCAGCCACAGGUGGUGUAAAGUCUCAGCGCACCAGUAAUGCAGUGUUUACCUCACAUACGUUUGUGUUCCUUUGUCAGGAGAGAAGUGUAUUUGGGUUUCCCCUGUAGUGAGGAAUAGGAAAGUACUGUGUAAUCAAAUUUGUACUGAAAUGUUUACUAGGUGAUGACAGUGGGCUACAUUUUAACGUAUUCUUGUAAUUUAACUUUUUCUACUAAUCUGGAUUAAACUUUUUAUAGUUUUGUAUUGUUUUGAACCACAAAGAUUUAGAAUUCUCCACCUUCAUUAAUGAUUAUUUGUUGUUCAGGAAGGGUCUCAUAAUCCAGGCUAGCCUGGAAUUUACAAUGUAGCCAAGAAAGACCUUGAACUCCUGAUUCUUUUGCCUCUACCUCUGGACUGCUGGGUUCCCGGCAUGCCGCACCAUGCCCAGUGUAUGCAGUGCUGGGGAUCAAACACAGAACUUAGGGCAGCCGGCAAGCAGUCUGCCAGCUGGGCUGUUUCCUCAGCCCUGCUGCUUCUACUGUGGCCGAAAAUGUUCCCUGGGUUCCAUGAAGUGAAGGUAAAUGUGAAACCAAAAGUCAUUUGUUCCAUGAUUAAUUGUGUCUCAGAUGACGGAACCUAAUGCACCCGGCCAUGAAACUGUUUACCUCACAGACUGGGGGAUGUUUCUGAUAGUGAUAAUAGGUUUGGAAACAACCUGAACUGUCUACUUCUGUCUCGCUGGUUCUCAGGCCUCUUGUGUUAACUGUACCACAUACACGGAGAGACUGAGGAGAGGGUGGGUUUUUGUCUCAUAUUAGAAUAAGCAGAAUGAGUAUUUGUCUAAUGUUACAAAGUAGCUGUGUGAGCUGCCUUUAUGAGUGGGCAGCCUGACGAGAAUCGGGCUCUUAGCUGCAGCUGAGAUGGAGUAGUAGGAAGGACACUGAGUCUACCUUCCUUUUUGUAACAUUUUGGAAAACAAAUUCCAUGGGAAAUAGAACUCCACUACUUUUCUAGAUCAGACAGUUGAGGCGCAUACAGACUGUCUCUUCCAGAGCAGGCAGUCUCUCCCAUUGUGUCAUCACGGCCUCAGCUUGUUGUGUGAACACAAAAUCUACAGCACGGGCUGAAGUUGUCAGCCCGAUUAACAAGGAAGUAAAGAUCUUUGAUAUCCAAUAGAGAUGUAGUUGCCUAAGACUUAAUUUCUCAAAAGAACUUUGGAAAUAAAUGGUUGUUUUAAACUGAUCUGUGAUUUUUAAAUAAUCUUUUCUGAAAGAAUUUGAUGUUUAUUUUAAAUACGUGAAUAUAUGUUUUAACCGUUUUUUAAGGUUUUACAUUUUGUUACAUUCAAAACUUAAGAUGUUUGACUCUAAAAUUGUGAUUCAUGUCAUUUAAACUCUUGAAUAAACCUAUUUAUAAGAAUAAAAGCGUUUUAAAUAGUUA